AUGGCGUCGGCGGCUCCGGACGUCGCGGUGACGGCCGACGCCGGCGAGGGAACCGAGCAGGCAGACACAUCCAACAAACUCGACUCAUCCACUUCCACCUCCGACGACACGAUCAAGACGUCCAUCCCGCGAAUCGCGCUCAUCGACGAGCACGAGCGGCGCCGCUCGCUCGACUCUGGCUCCUCAGCGCGCUCCAGCCAGUCCAGUGAGAACUUCUUCGGCAGUGUGCUGGCGCACGAGCCGCUCACGGAGGAGCCGGUGGUGGCGGCGUCCGCGCGCGCCGCCAGCCCGCCGCGCGAGAGUGAGGCCGCCGCGCGUCUGGCCGAGGAGAACGGUGACAUCGAGGACACCCUGCAGCAGAUCCUGCGCGACGAACAGGCGCUGAAGCUCAAGUACCAGAAGCUGCGGGAGCUGGAGGAGGCCAGCAGCGAGUGGUCACUCGCCGAGGAGCUGAGGGAAGCCGAGCAGAGGGAGAGUGAACGUACCGCCCGGGCCGGAGACAGCGGCGGGGGAGGCAGUGGGGGCAGCGGGGCAGAGAGCGCGGGCGGCAGCGGCAGCGCCGGAGACAGCGGAGGCGGGGUCAGUAUUGGCGGCGGUGGUGGCGGCGACUGGACUAGUUCUCCCGACAGGUCCGCCGCCAAAAAGUCCGACCCCGUUCAGGCAGAGCAGACGGAGCGCACGUGGUCGGGCGGCUCCUCAGAGGAGGACAAUGUCCGCCCGGUCGCCAGUCCCGCACGGCGGCACCUCGGCGACCGAGGCGCCCCUCCGCCCAUCGCCGGCUGGGACACACUGCCAGAGACACUCAUCGGCGACGGGGAGGGAGACUACAUCACCCCUGACAGGGACUACGUCACCCCCGACAGGGACUACAGUACACUGGAGCGAGAGCGAGACUAUAGCACGCUGGAUAGGGAUUACAGCACCCUGGAGCGUAUGACGCCCGGGUCUCACGACAGCCUGCGCCGCUCGCGCGACGGCAGCUACAGUCCGUUCAGCCUGCUGUCCACCCCGUGCCACUCGUUCCUGGCCGGGCCCGUGUACGCGCCGACCGGGGACCUGCCCGACCUGACCCAGGUCGGGGGUGCCGACCUGAAGACGCCCCCGCAGACCAAGCUUGGCGGGGAGCUCGGACGGCAGACGGAGCUCGAUCCGGACCUCGAGAAGAAAAUGAAGCCGGAGAGCGAGCAGGAACCACUGCCGGAGCAGCAGACACGAGAGCCUUUAUCGGAGGGAGCGCGCGAGACAGACAGAGAGCGGCGGAGGGAGAGGGAGAGGAUGAGAGAGGAGCCGGAGAUGCUCGGUCCCGGACCGGGGUCGACCCGCGGCCGUCCGGCGAGCAUCGUCGAGCACCCGGCCUGGGGUCAGAUCAGUGACCUGGACCGCGCGCUGGCCUUCAUGGAGGCCACCGGUCCGACCGACUGCCGGCCCACCAGCCAGCGCUGGACAGACAUCGACGACGUGCUCAGCGUGCUGGAGGCCGACAGCGACCAGCCGCCGGCGAGCCACGGGCCGCCGCGGCCGCUCCGACCGCCGCACGGACCCAUGAGGGACUCCCGGAUUGAGGCCGAUGACGACUACCGUCCGGCGGGCGGCGGGCGCGCCGGCUGGGGCCCUCCGCGGCCGCUGGCGUCGCCGGCCGCCGACUGGACGCCGGCCCGCGGCCGCGCCCUGGGCCUGGUCGGGUACUCGGCAGAGCGCGGCGGCCUGGACCCGCAUCGAUCGGCCGCGAAACCCGAGCCGCCGAGGCCGUCGCGCGCCGUCAGUGUCAGCGCCGAGCUGAACCGGCGCCUGCGGAGCCUGCAGCGCGCGCGCGCCCACAGCCUGCUGGCGGACGCGCAGCUGGCCGCCGGCGGUCGCAUCAGCGCCGUCCACCAGCACAUCGUCCAGUCGACCAACGAGCUGACCAUCCCCGGCCGCAGCACGCCGGCCACCGUGCACUCCUACCAUGAGAUGGUCAUCAAACAGGUGAUUGAUUCGGCGCCGCCCACCCGCGGCGGCAGGCGCGCCUCGCACCCCGCCGACGCCGACGAGCCGCCCUGGGACGAGUGGUCCCCUCACGACGAGCCGCCGCCGCCGGAGCCGCAGCCGGCGCCGCGGCAGCCCCCCGGGGGCCCGCACGGGAUACCGCCCGGCUACUCCGACGACCCGCACUCAGUGCCCGGGGCACUGGGGUCACACGACCCGUCCGGAAUGCACUAUCCUAGCUACGUCUCUGCCCGUGAUUUCGACUCGCUCGCCCGCGGCGUGGACACUUUGGAUCUGAGCGAUACGGACCUCAGCGCGCACGAGUCGGCCGCCGACGAGCGCGCGCUGUUCCCGUUCUCCCAGCGCGGCCGGCCGGCGGCGCACCGCAGCGCGUUUCGACCCAUCCGUCCCGAGCCGCUGCGGCCGGUGCCGGUGUCGGCGGCGCCGCGGCUCAUCCACCACCUGCCGAUCGCGUCGGCGGGUCCCGCGCCGGCGCCGCCGCCGCCGGCCUCUCACGGCGAGCCCAACUGGGACGGGUGCGGGCGCAGCAGCACACUGCCGCGCGCCCGGCCGCGCCAGCCCGCCGAGCGCGGUCGGCGCAGCAAGAGCGAGCGCCGCCGGCGGAAGGAGCUGCGUCAUUCGGAGCGUCGGCUGCGACGCGCGCGCUACGGACGCUCCGGAGUGGCCGGCUACCGACGGCUGACGCUGCAGCGCGGCCGACGCGACGCCGACUUCGGCUUCUCGGUCAUCGGCGGCCCCGACUCAGGACUCGGUGUGUUCGUCAGUCGCACGGAACCAGAGGGUCUCGCCCGGUCGGCCGGCCUCCGGGUCGGCGAUGAGCUGAUCAUCGUCAACGGAUACGAUGUCCGUCGAUUUCCGCUGCAACAAGUGCAACAGAUUCUCUCCAGCUCUUCAGUGGUGGACAUUCUGAUCAAGACGAUGGGGAACGGCGACAACUACGUCGUGAGCCACACAUACACCUGGUGUGACGCGCAGGGUCGCGAGGUCACGCCACCGCCCGACCUACUGCACACCUCACGCGAGGGAGGCCAUGACAGAAAGGUGGACUUUUCUCUGGAGAUGGGCGAGAGUCUGGGUCUGACGAUCCGCGGAGGGGCCGAGUACGGCCUGGGCAUCUUUGUCACCGGUGUGGACGCCAACUCACCCGCCGACCAGGCCGGCAUUCAGGUCGGAGAUCAGAUACUGGACGUGAACAACCAGAGCUUCCUGGACAUCACCCACGACGAGGCCGUGAGCAUCCUCAAGUACUGCAAGACGCCUAUGAUGACCAUCCGGCCCGUCGGAAAGGUUCCGUGCGCCUCUUACGCCACGAGCGACACCGGCGGAGGACGGUUUCAGACCGCCAUUACCGACGGCAGAGCCACCGACAGAGGCGCAGGACACGGCCAGUGGCAGCCGGCCGGUGCCGCCGCGGCCCCCGUCGGCCGGCAGGCCGCCCCCGCCCCCUCCGCCGCUGCCGACGACGGUGACGAAUGGGGCGACCCGUCACUGGUGAUGGUGUACGAGAAGGCGUCGGUGCUGCUGGGCGCGCACGAGUUCGGCGUGUUCGACGAGCUGGUGCGCCGCUACCUGGCCGGUCAGGUGGACGUGGUCCGCCUGGUCGGAUCGCUGCUCGAGCUCUUCAGGGCACCAGAGAAGCUGACGCUGCUGACGGAGCUGCGCGAGAUCGUGUCGCCGGCCGACCAGGUGCGGUUCGAUCAGAUGGUCUACCACUCGGACCGACGGCGUCCUUUUGAACAUUCGGCUGGCGCUGGCGUCCAUCACCAGACAGGUGGCGGCGCCUGGUGGCGGCCCCGGCAACCGCAGAUUCAGCGAUCCCCGAGCGAUGACUCUGGCAUCGAGCUUCCCAAUGGCUCCUACGCAGCCCCUCAUCACAGAAGCCUCGGCGAAGAGGAUUGGCCGCUGGCCGCCCGGUCGCGGGUGGUCUUCCACAGACAUGUAGACGACCCCGGCCACGCGGGUCACGGCGGCACGGGCGCCCUGUCUCCGGCCGGCGCACUGCGGGCGGCUCUGGCCGGUCCGGUGACCGCCGUGUCGCGCCUCCCUGACCGGUGCAGGUCACUGACCUCAGUGCCGACCGGGGACCCGAGCUUCAGCAGUGACCUGACCCGACUGCGACCGGCCAGCGCCCUGACAGAAACGGAGAUGGAUUCUUACCCGGCAAGCCCGAUCUUGGAGGACCCUGAGGGUAACAUCAAGGUGACGAUACCCAAGAACAAGCCACUGCUUGGUAUCGUGAUAGAAGGUGGAGCCAACACGUCCCAACCGCUACCACGCAUCGUCAACAUACAGCCGUACGGCUCAGCGUUCAGUGCCGGCGGUCUGAUGGUGGGCCAGGUCAUCAAGUCGGUGGACGGACGGAGGUUAGUCGGAGUGAACCACCAGCGAGCGGCCCAGCUGAUUGCAGAAGCAUACGCCAACAAGAACAAACCCGACAUCGAGUUUGUUGUUCGCGAGCUGAAGCGAAGUGCCUUCAACGUGCGUCACUGCGCGCCGGACCUGACGCCCGACUAGUCCCGACCCCUGGACGGUGCGGACUGAUCGACGGUGGAGCCACCUGGGACCGAUGGGGACCACUCAGUCAACAACACACUACACAGGCCCACAGAGGGAACUGAAACAGGCGUCUAAGAUCGCUGUACGACAAACUCGAGCUGCAUUCAGCCCAGGCCACUGUGAGGAUUUACAUUUUGUCACAAGCUUGUGGUCAGUUUGAGUUUUGGACAGAAAAAAUGUCAAAGUGCUAUUUUGCUACUACGUUAUGUAACCCUUCAGUUUAUAUAACGUUACUGCGGUCAGAUUAUCCCAUUGGAUCAUUGCGGCGCAGUUAAAAGAUCGUGGAAAGCAAUAACUAUUUAUUAUCCAGCACCCUGUGCCAAUCAUUCCUAGGAGUUUGUAAAUAUGAUGGAUAAUAUUUCAUAUGCUGAGCGCUAUUGCAGCGACCACCGAAGGACUGCAAUUUCGGCCGUCGACAAAAUUGAAAUUUACGGCACACAUGACGGAACAAAGCUCCGAAUAACUUUACACUUCAGCUUUCACAGACACACUAACGUAUCCAUCCAUCCCUCACUCUCACUUGAACAUCAAACGCCCUCUCAACGCCCCGCUUUGCCUCGUCCCGUCGCCCGUCUCCGCGCUGCAGCAUGCAUUCCAGUCAAUCAGGGAAGCUCUGAGCCUGGCUCCUGAAGCUUGCGAUGCCUGUCGGACGUGAAGCUUGGCCAGCUCGACUGUGUCGCUAUUUCCGCCCCGGGUACCGCCUCUGUGUUCUGCUGCCGGGUCCGUCUGCCGCCGGCGACUGCUAUGCAUAUCAGGUGUGCUGGUGGGGAGUCUGUCCGGCCGCGUACCGCGUCGCGCCGCGCCCGGUUGUCAGUGUCGUGCCGUGACCGGUGUCUGUCGUGUCUGUGGUCAGCCUUUGAGGAGCGCUCGUGCCGUCGGGUCGAGUGCUGGCCGUUUGUACUGUUGUGUCGCCGUCGUUGUCCGCCACCGAGCGCCCCUGUGAUUAUUGUGGCUUCUAGAGUGCUUCUUUGUCGCUGCACGACCGAAGCAAUAACGUGCUGACUGGCUAACGAGCGUGAACAUGAGUGUGUGAUGCUGCAACGUGCACGUCCCUUUGUUGAAAGGGACAUCCCCACCACUACUCAUUUCGAAAUUGACAAGAAUACGAUGUAACCAAUUUCACUUUCUCCAAAAUCGUUUUCAAGAUGCCAUCUUUACUUGUACAUGCGCAAUCCCGCUCCAAUGUGUUUAUUUCGUACGGAACAUGCAAGGUAAAUUGAAAAUGAAACAGAAAUUCAGUUCUUUGUGAAACAUCUAUCUCCUGAAAUGAAAUACUAUUAUAACUCAAUUGCCUUUCAAAUUUGGUGAAACAAGUGGGAAUGUCCCUGAAACGCAUAGCACCCAGCAAAUGUCAGUGACUCGCACACAAACUUUGCACCGAUGGAGAGACAGGGUCCACGCGAGCCAUGUAGUGCGCGCUGCCGUGCUGCCGAUGGGGGGGGGGACUGCACGCCAGCGUCCGGAACGGCAUGAUCUCAAAGGGGUGAAUAAGGGUUAGGGGGUGAACAGAGCGUGGGUCGGGCAGCGUUUGCCACUGGCGCCUUGUGAACAGCGCCGCAUCUGUGUCGUGCGUGUGUGUAAACUGUGAACCGUGCGGCCACUUUGUGCUGCGUGCCACAGCGCUCCGGGGCCCUCGCUGUGCGCGGGGGAGGGAAUGGGUGCCCUCAUACUGAGCCAUGUCAAUACAACCAUGCACUUUA